GCUUCAGUCAACGCAUACAAUCGAAUCCGUUUACAUGAAGGAUCCCGAGAAGCGCGGCUAUAUAUGUAACGAGCCCCCAAUGAAUGGAGCCCCGCAGCCAUUUGUCCUCUCCCAGAUCCUUGAUAGCGGCGGAGAGGAGGAGAAGGAGGCGACGCGGCUGCUGGCGGAACAAAUGGAGUUUCCUGAAGGAAACGGCGUCGUUGGGGCCGAUGGAAAAGUGCACUCCGAUUACCAUUUGGAUGUUGAAAUGCCUGAUACUGCACAUCAGAUUAGCCACGACUCGUGGUUUCAAGUCGGGUUUGUUCUCACAACGGGGAUAAACAGUGCCUAUGUGCUAGGAUACUCGGGCACCAUCAUGGUUCCGUUGGGAUGGGUAGGUGGCGUGGUUGGACUUAUUCUCGCCACGAUGAUAUCUUUGUACGCGAAUACUUUAGUUGCCAAGCUUCAUGAAUUUGGAGGAAAGAGGCACAUCAGAUAUAGAGACCUUGCUGGAUUUAUAUAUGGUAAAAAUGCGUAUGCUCUUACAUGGGGACUCCAGUAUGUGAAUCUCUUCAUGAUCAACGUUGGAUAUAUUAUUUUAGCUGGGAGUGCCCUUAAGGCUGUGUAUGUUCUGUUUAGAGACGACCAUGAUAUGAAACUCCCGUACUUUAUUGCUUUAGCUGGCCUUGCCUGUGCUGUCUUUGCUAUUUGCAUACCUCAUUUAUCAGCACUGCGUAUUUGGCUGGCGUUCUCUACAUUCUUCAGCCUUGUAUACAUCGUCGUAGGUUUCGCCCUGGCGCUUAAAGAUGGCAUAAAUGCUCCUCCAAGAGAUUACAGCAUUCCUGGAACAAAAGUAGGCAAGAUUUUCACAAUUAUAGGUGCAGCAGCAAAUCUCGUUUUCGCCUUCAACACUGGAAUGCUUCCAGAAAUACAGGCUACAGUGAGACCGCCGGUCGUUCAGAACAUGAUGAAGGCUCUGUAUUUCCAGUUCACAGUUGGGGUUCUGCCAAUGUAUGCAGUUACCUUCAUGGGAUACUGGGCUUAUGGAUCCGCGACAUCGGCCUACUUGCUGAACAACGUUAAGGGUCCGAUCUGGGUGAAGACUUUUGCUAACAUCUCUGCUUUCUUGCAAACAGUCAUUGCUUUGCAUAUAUUUGCAAGUCCGAUGUAUGAGUAUUUAGAUACAAAGUUCAGUAUCAAAGGUAGCGCUCUAGCUGUGCGCAAUCUGUCUUUCAGAAUCCUGGUGAGAGGGGGCUACUUAGCCAUCACCUCGUUGGUGUCUGCGUUGCUGCCCUUUUUAGGAGAUUUCAUGAGCCUAACAGGGGCUGUGAGCACGUUCCCGCUCACCUUCAUUCUUGCAAACCACAUGUAUCUCAUCGCGAAGAAGAACAGGCUGAGUUUUCUGCAGAAGAAGUGGCAUUGGCUCAACGUCGUCUUGUUUAGUUGCAUGUCAGUUGCAGCUGCAGUUGCUGCUGUGAGACUCAUUGUUGUGCAUUCAACAACUUAUGAUGUUUUUGCUGAUUUAUAAUUUUCAUAAUUUCCCCUCUAGUUUUUGCUUGAAGGGGGGUUGUGUUAUCUGGCUCAAGGUUUGCUAGUGGUGUUACCAUUUUAGUUCAUUAUUUAUAUAUGCUUUGCUUGUUUGAAUUUU